AUGCCCACCAUGCGGAAGUCCAAGCGUCCCAGAGUGCUUUCCUCUCCGGACCCGCCGACGCCCAACAAUCGCCGAGAUUCCGAGAUGAACGAUUCGGACUCAGAACAGUCACAGCCAACGGCACAAACCUCGCGACAGACCUCGCGAGGUCCCAUACAGGGGAAUCUACCCGCCCCCGAAGCUCUGCAUGAACAUAUGACGCUCGGAGGUGUAUCAGCUAUGUCCGCUGUACUUCGAGUUGCGCUGGCGGUCGCUCGCCUCGGGACACUCGAAGGAUACUGGUAUUCGCCCUGGUCCAUCGUAUGCUUCAUUUACUUCACAUUCAUUAUCCAUGUUCGGCCGCCGCGAACGGUCUACACUGUACCCUUCCCACAGCUUCCUCUUACGGCUAUUGAUCCGUUGGAUGCAACGGGACAGGAAUCGUCGAGAUCCCACGAUCACCGGCAUGCCAGGAAAGACGCUGCCGGGAAGAUAUUGGCGGUAGGAGACGAGGGCGAGGAGGAAGAGGAAGAGAGCCAGGGCAUUGAUUCGCAGUCGCAGGCCUUGCGCUCGAACAAUCUAUACCCGUGGCCCAUCUCGAGGCCAGCCACGGAGCUUAUGCAGACCCCAAUGCGACCACUAGGCGAGGGAGGAGGGUUGAGGACCCCAACGCCGUCGACAGACCCAUUGGAUCUCUUCCGGUCUGCUUUGCGUACUCCAGUUGCUGGCAGUGGGGUCGACAGGCAUGUACCUGUGUCUCCUUCGCAGCUAGGCGGUCGAUCAAUUGCGGAGGCCUCGCGUGUGCUCCAGUCUGCACUAGGACUCGCCCCAUCCCCUGCACCUGCUAGUGCACCCGCAAUCUCCUCUUCCGAUGACGCCAUAGACGUAUUGACAAGACGUGUUCAAUACCUGCAAUCACCGUCAGCCACCCGCAGCACCCGUCCCUUGCCUUCACUCGACAAUCCUCUAUUUCCAACAACACAGCACGGCAUGUCGUCCUUGGCGGCCACUCCCUCUAGAGAUCCUAUCGAUCUCAUCUCGCGCCGUGUUCAUCGAGACCGAGGAGUCGACGUCGACGACUCAAGCCCUGUCGGCGGUGAAAUCUCCCCUGAGUAUGGCACCUCGACUCAUCGGCCCCCCAUCUCUGCCGCCGAAGAGGCGACUUCAGGCUCCGGUCUUCUACCCGCAAUCCAGCUGCCCAGCAAUCCGAACCCCCAGACAGCCUUGAGCUCUGCCAUCAAAGCGGUCAAGGCAGUUCUGUCGCGGCGCAUUCCAGACUUCGUCGUCAAGGUCGUCGAAGUUGUUAAGUACGAUGGCGUACCAUACGAGCGACUAGAAGUCAAGCGAGAGAAGGUUGUGCUGCUCGUUGAGGUGAAGCUGCGCUCAAGCGUCAAGACAUUCGAUCACGCUCAGCGCACCAUAGCCCAGACCCUCCGCCAGCAAGCCCAGGAACAGGCUGUCCAUGCGUUCAGGGAAGCUGCGGACCUAGAACGCAUCGGCUGCAUAGUCGGUGUCAGCGAUCUCUGGCAUUAUACAGAGUACGAUCGCACCGUCCUCGACUUCCUGCCACCGCGGAACGGCCCUGACGACGCGUAUAUCGAACGUUCAAGCAGAAGGAGCCCUAUCGAGAAGUACAAACCGUCUCUUCAGGGAUUAUAUACCGAUAUCGAACCGCACUUCCGCGAUCUCAAAAUGUUGGACCUGGACACCCCUCAAAGCGACCGGGUUCUGGGUAUGAUCGUCGAGAGGCUUCGUCAGUUGAGCAGUGAGUACUGGGACGAGUGA